CUCGGCUUUUUAGCGCUUUUUCUCAUGCACUUGCGAGGAGAUCCGAGCAAGCUGAGAUGGAGCCGGACUUGGUCCCAAGUUCCCAAGACGACGCCAAAGACGACGAAGACGAAGAGCAAAACGAGGAAGACGAGGCCGGAGGAGGAGGAGGAGGAGGAAAAGGGAGAUGGAGUGGUGUAGGGUCCGCGAUGCUAGGCCUCGGAAAGAAGGCAGCGAUCGCCGGAGCCGCCCUCACCUCCGCCCCCGUGGUGGUUCCUCCUCUCUUCCUCUUCUCCGCCCUCGGCCUCGCCUUCUCCGUCCCUUUCGGCAUCUUCUUCGCCGGCGUCGCCUGCACCGAUAAGCUCAUGCAAGCUCUCCUCCCUCCCCCUUCCCCUCGAUCCCAAGAACAAGAAGAGGAAGAAGUAGACGUAUUGGCAGAAGAAAGAGAGAAGAAAGAAGUAAUAGAAGAAGAAGAGAAGGAAGUGGCGGGAGAAAAAGAAGUGGAGGAAGAAGAAGAAGAAAAGGAAGUGGAGGGAGAAAAAGAAGGAACGGAAGUGGAGGAAAAAGAGGAGGUGAAGGAAGAGCAAAGAGAAGUGGAGGAGGAGAAGAGGGAGGAAGAAGGGAGGAGACUUACCGAGAACGAGGAAGAGAAUGAAGCGGAGAAAGGAGAGGAGGUGGUGAUGAGGUGGGAGGGAGAAGGGGGCAGAGUUAUCGAGAGGGAGGAGCAGGCGAUGAGUGCUCGUCCGUUUCAGGCUGAGAUCGAGUCGUCGAGGUUGAGCUCAGCGUAUGCAUCUGCGGUGGAGGAUCAGUCGGCGGUCGAGACAACCGAUGAGGCGAAGAGCGAGUGCUCUGCGGAGCAUGGCCCGGAAGCAAAGGCUGGAGCAGCAGUGGAGCGGCCUUCAGAUGAUGAGGGAAUAUACAGUGAAGAAAAGAUAUGGGAACAGAUUUCUGCACUGCAGACGAUUGUGGGAUAUAAAUCUGCUCUUCGCUCAUCCUGUGUGGAGGAACUCCGAGCUCUCUAUCUCUUCACUGGAGUGGAGCCGCCUGCCUCCUUGAAGGACCCCUUUGAUCCUUUGGAGGUCAAUGAUAAGCUUUGCUUCUUGAAAUAUCUAGUAGGACUUGAAUGAAGUCAACAGCAAUGAUGCCUUUAUUUUCAGACUCAAAGAAGUUUUGCUAUCAAAAUGGAGAUCCCUGGCUAUUUGUAGUGUACAUUAAGAGAAUUUCUUGUCUUGGCUUGUCUAUAAAAAUUAGAAGCCUUCUUGUGUGAAUAAUGACUGUAUCUCCGCUAGCUUUAUAUUAUUAAUAACCAAAUAUAUGUGGUUUUCUUCA